AUGCCGAAGAAAGUCAACGAUGGCGACGUCGCCGCUGCUCCUGCAGCUGAGCACGCUGACCAAAUAGACACCAUCACUCCUGUUAAAGAAACCGAUAAAGCAGCGUUGUUCCUCAAGCAAAUGUCCGUAACGGGACCUAUAAUCUUCACACCCGAGGAAGAAAAAGCCGUUCUCCGAAAGAUAGACUGGAGAAUCCUGCCCCUCAUCCUCAUAGCAUAUUUCUUCCAGCAACUCGACAAGUCCACUCUUUCGUAUUCCUCUGUUUUCGACAUCACCACCGACGCCAAUCUCCACGGAACGCAGUUCUCAUGGCUUGGUUCGUCUCUAUACCUCGCCCAGCUUGUCGCCCAGCCUCUUGCUGCCCUGACUCUUGUCAAAUUGCCUACCGGAAAGGUCAUUGCUGGUGCUAUCUUCCUCUGGGGUUCGUCUCUUUGCAUCAUGAGUGCUUGCACGACUUUCAAGACGCUCCUGGUUAUGCGAUUGUUUUUGGGGACUUUUGAGUCUCUUAUUGCUCCCUCUCUUAUUGCUGUUACGCAGAUGUGGUGGAAGAGAAAUGAACAGACUCUGCGAACAUCUUACUGGAGCGGUAUGAACGGAUUGACAUUCAUCAUCGGCAGUCUCUUCACGUUCGGGCUUGGUCACAUCCAGAGCAGCGCUCUCUUCUCCUACCAGGCAAGGAUAUCCAGAGAAACAAAGACUUCCCACUCCACUGAAUCCAAGAUUAUCUUCCUCUUCUGCGGUCUUCUUACCGUCGCCUACUCAAUCCCCGUUUACUUCCUCAUGCCCGACUCCCCGAUGGAAGCCAAGUUCCUCAGCGAUAGAGAAAAGGUCGUCACUAUCGAAAGACUCCGAUCAAAUCAAAUGGGUAUUGUUUCCCGGCAGUGGAAGUGGGAACAUGUGAAGGAAUCCAUUCUUGAUCUCAAGACCUGGUGUUGGUUCUUCCUCGUCAUCACUAUUUCCAUCCCCAGUGGUGGUAUCAGCACUUUCGGAUCACUCAUCGUCAAAUCCUUUGGCUACAACAAGUUCCAGACCAUCCUCUUCAACAUACCCUUCGGAGCAGUCCAGAUGUGCGCCAUUAUUGGGUCCGGCUGGCUCGCCACCAGACUCGGGCGUAAGGGUCCUAUCAUUAUGCUUCUUUGCAUUACUCCCAUCAUCUCUGUCUACCCCGGAAUCACGCCUCUGAUCUUUGCUUGGGAGGCCCAAAAUACCGCUGGCGAUACCAAGAGAAAGGUCACGACUGGUGUCAUGUUCGUUGGCCUAUGCACUGGCAACGUGAUUGGACCUCUCCUCUACAGUACUGACCAAGCUCCCCUUUACCGCAAAGGCCUUAUUUCCAACUUGUGCAUGUUUAUCCUUGUCAUAAUUCUUACGGCUAUCGUCACCCUCUAUCUGUUUUUCCUCAACAAAUCUCACGCCCGCAGGCGCUUAGCUCUUGGCAAGUCUGAGGUUAUUGUCGAUCGGUCCAUGCUUCAGACUUCUGCUGCCGCUGAGCUCGAGAGCAAUGAAGAAAUGGUAGCACAUGAUCAUGACUUUGAGGACAUGACAGACCUUAAGAAUGAGGAUUUUAUCUUUGUGGUUACGUUCGCUGCGCAUCGGAAAGAUGUCUGUCGUUAUCAUCGAAAGUUUGCUAAGGCAUGUCAUCGUGAAUAUCCUGAGGGACUUCCCUACGAACAACAAUAUGCUCUUGCUGUUCAAACUUUGAGGGACGUGCAAACAGCUGUAGUUGAGGCCAUCUCAUCAAUGCCCAAUCUUGAAACCCUCAUCUGGAAGGAUGAGUAUUCUCUGCAAAAGAGCUUAUUCGAGAUAAUAGUGCGAUGCUCGGCGCGGCACAUGGAGCUGGACGGGGAAGUGAUUGGUGACGCGUGGUCUUUGGCGCCACCUUUGACGCCCUUGACUUGGCCGCUCCGGUCGCUCAAGCUCAACGUUAGUUUGGCAAAGGACGGAUGGAAGAGGAGUAAACUGAAAGGUGAGUCGCGAACGCAGGCGAUAACGGUGUUUUUCUCAACCUUGUUCCGUCUCUGCUCGUCUACCCUUGAGUCUCUGUCGUGGAGUGAUUCGGAAGGCAUCGAGGAUGAUGACGUCCUCGUCUCGGUUGGGGAGACAGCCAUGAUAUUUUCUCGUCUGAAAUACCUGAGGCUACAAUGUAUCAAGCUCGACAGCGUCGCUACUUCGUCUUUUCUCGGGGCGCCUCGCAAAUCUCUUGAGUUGGACGAAACAGUACUACCUAGCCCCUCGAUCUCUAACUGCGAGCCUCUACGAGAUCUUGAAGACUUUACGUUCAUCUCGAAGCUCACUGGAUUGUGCAAACUGUAUCUCCAGGAGACCCUGGGAGGGACCAAGUACCUGGAUGAUAUCGUUCUCCCUACACUCAACAGCUACGACUUUGGUAGCCUCGCGUCGUUGCAUCUAGCGUGGGGGGAAACUCAAAUCCCCGACAAGUCCCUCCAAAUGAUCUCGCGACUUGUUUCUCUCGAACAACUGAGUCUCAGUGCUGGAAGACCCUGCGAAUGGCAAUACUACUGGGAUGUAGAUCAUGACCAGAUCCGUCACCACCUCAGCCCGCUCCAAAGACUUGCCAAGCUAGCAUUCUCCCACGAUGCGUAUCCUUCCUUUGAUGGUACCCUCCCGUCAGUAUUCUACUACCCCUGUCGCGUACUGCCCAAGUCUGUGGAGGAAGCAAACACUAGGUCCGAGCUCGAUUGGGAGGGGGAAGAAGUUGAUAUCCGGGUGGAACUCAUGACGAGAUGGGAGAGGGCGCAUCGAAACCGUAUGCUUGAUCAAGCAGGGGAGUACGCCAAUAUCUUCCCGAAGCUUGAGUGGAUGUUUUGUGGGCAAUGA